AUUCAGAUGUAGUCAGAGCAUGUAAUAUAUUUACAGGUUGACUGAGCUAUAUUGAAAAUGAAUUUCAUAGGAAUGUUACCCGUUAUUAUCGCAACAAUUUCAGCCACACUAUGUUCCGCAGAAGAACCGUGGCGGACAAGAUGUUUCGGCGAUUUUGAGUUGAAAUUCUUCAAACAUAACGACAAUACGACACUUCAAAAAUCUUACCACGAAGCAAAAGUCUUUUGCGAAUCUUUAGGAGGUUACUUAGCGAAAGUCGAUACACAAGAAAUUACAGACGUUAUCAAUGAAACUAUAGAAAUCAACUACAAACAAUCCUACUUCAUAGGAGGAAAUGAUAUACGUAAGGAAAAAGAUUGGAAAUGGCAGGAUGGCACUGAUGUGAUAAUGAGAGACGAAGAAGGAUAUCAAAAUUGGAAAUCUAAUCAGCCGAACAAUGCUCGUGGAGACGAAGAUUGUAUGUUGGUAGGAAGAGAAACUUAUCGAUGGAUAGACAGCAGUUGUCACGAGAAGUUAAAUUAUAUUUGUCAAACUGGUUUGUUGCAAGCAUUCUUUUAUUUUUAUGUUACAACGCAACGAAUUACCAAAGGCGAUUUUUCCUCAAGCACCAAAAAAGUGUGCCGAGUUAGCAAAUGCUCCGAUGCUACAGUCAAAUGGUACAAGGACUCUUCUUCGGAACCUAUUACAGAAGAAUUGACAGAAAAAGGAAUCUAUCAAACUAUAAAUAAAAAGAGUUCGACAUUGUACUUGAAGAAAGCCUCCAUCUCGGAUGCAGGGAUAUAUCAUUGUAAUUCCACCAAAUCCAAUAUUACUGUAGCUUCGUUAUUUAAAGUGGACGGAAAUCCAACAAUCAUAUCGGUUAACAACUCUGCAUGUAGCAGAAGUUUGGUUGUCAGAUGGAAACCAAGUAAAUUCGCAACAGGAUUUUCACACAAAAUUGUAGCGGUAAAUUCUGACACUAAAUUUGAAACCGCAUAUGGAUCUUCAAAGCUCAAAUCAACAAAAACAUUAACCACUGAACUUCCGGGUUUAGAGUCUGGAACGGAAUACGUUGUGACAGUUCAAGUUGAAGACUAUGAGUAUUCAGUUAAUGCAACUGCAAGAACAAUUGGAAAUACAGAAUCCACGUUUUCUGCGCGGCUGUCAAAGAACUGUUCUAUACAAUGGGCGUGGAAGCAUAAUGUUCUACCCAAAACUGCUACGAGAUGGGAGAUCACGGGCUUCUGUAAAAGAGUUGCGACAAGAGAAAGCACAAAUUCAUCAAACUUAGAAAUUGCAUCUGAAGGCGAGUCAGUUUCAACUCCGCACAUUUUUAUUCCGGAACCAAAUAGAAACUGCACAGUAUCGAUAAAAGUUCUCGGGUGCGCGGAAGACAGCGAGGCAGUGAAUGCAACCGGGUUUUGCGUUGGAAAACCGGCAGCUCCGACUUCAAUUGCAAAACCAGUCGUCGUUGAGGAAGAUAUUGAUACCAAAGGAAUACUGAGAAUAACCGUGACUAAACCGCACGAAGGCAAUGGUUUAAUCAGCUGUUUAUUUGUCAUCGUAAAUGAUGGAUCAUCUCACGCAAAUAAUGAAUUCAACUGGAAGAGUUUGGCUGAAGCAAACGGAUCCACGAAUGAAUACAUUGCUGUGGCGUUGCCAGUUUCCAGAAUUCCUGACGAUGAAAUAAUCGUCGAUCUCGGCAACAAUUCGAAAUCUGCCUGUGACGUCACACAAACGAAAAAUCACAUGGCAGGUCAAUUUCAACCGAAUAAAACGUUCGUUGGGCAGAAUUGGAAAUUGAAUAAAGAAAAUUUUUACAGUGUUUGGGUCGUGUCAACUACGCCUUGUGGAGACAACAUCUGCUUUGGCACAAGUGAAAAACUAGAGUUUGAAUAUGAAAAUGUUCCUCCAGUCAUUGUAUUUGUCGCUGCAAUAGUUGGACCCAUUUUGGUGAUUGCAGGAAUAAUAUUUGGAAUUUGGCGAUUCCGUUCUAAACGCAAUCCACGUAAAAGGGAGUUUUUACCCGAAGUUAAUGCAUCAAUUUCGGACAACGUCGAAUUAGAUAACAUAUCAAGUCCACCAUUGGCAGCAAAGCCGGAAGUAUCAGUGGAAAUAAAUGAUGAAUCGUCCGGACAUGAUAAUUUAUCUGCAAGCAGACUAAGCGAUGAGCAAUCUGAUACUUCUAUUAGAAUAUCAAAUUUUGAAGAUGUUUACAAUUUAAUGGGAAAACAGGAAAAUGCACCUUUCAAUGAGCAAUUUCAGAAAAUUAUCUCGCAAUCUGCCAAACUUGGAAAACCACAUAAAAUCGCUUCCAAUUCUGAACUGACGAAGAAAAACAGAUACAGAAACAUUCUUCCGUUUGAUGAUACGAUAGUGAAGGUACCGGCAGCAAAAAUUGGGAUACAUAAACGCUUGUUUUGUAGAUGGACACAACAAGCGACGCAAAUACAUCGCAACUCAGGGACCUCUACCAAAUACUGUUGACGACUUUUGGCAGAUGAUAAUCGAACAUAAAUGCAGUCUGAUUGUGAUGUUGGCAAAGGAAAUAGAAGGAGCAAAG